AUGUUAUGUAAAAACAAUCCUAAUUUUAAAUUUUGUUUAGAAGUAUUUCCGAAAGAUGAAGGAUUGAAUUUAGAAUAUAAAUUAUUAAUCUGUAAAUAUAGACCUGAACUUAAAAUAUGUAACAAACAACAAAAUGAUUUUCCAUUUAUUGAAGGAAUCAUUAACUCAAAAACAUUCUUUUCACAAAAAAACAAAUUAAAAUAUUAUCCUACAGUAGGAAGAGAAAAUAAUAAAUUAUUUAUUGAUCAAUCAACACAUGAAUCAUUAAAUAAUGAAGAAGAUAAAGAAGGAAGUGUUAAUCAUUUAACUAAUUAUAAUACUGAAUAUUGUAAUAAUAUAAAGGGACAUAUAAGAAUAGCGAAAAAAUUACGAUUAAUAUCUAAACCAUUUCAAAUUGAAUUAGGUAAUAAUAAUACUAAGAUUGUAUCAGAUAAGUCUAUUGAAGUUGUAUUGGCACUUUAUUUAGAAAAAAUUUCACCAAAUGAUAUAAAUUUACCCUUUUUAUAUAAUAGUAUAGAAAUAUCAUGGGUACCAAAUUUAAAAGAUAGUAUAGUUACUCAACGAUAUCAACCUUACAUUGGUAAUAUUACAUUUUUAAAUAAAAAUGAAACUGAAAUAAUAGUUUAUUUUUCAAAAGUUAAUCAUAUAUUAGAAUCAAAUUAUGAAGUAAAAAUCAAUCAAAUACUUUUAAAUUCUUGUUUAAAUUUUAUCAAUUUUCAUCCACCAUUAAGAAAAUUGAUUAAAUUUAAUUGUCAUAACUUUAGCCCAAGUUUAUGUGAAAUCAAUAAUACAAAAACUAAUGAUAAUAAUAUAUUAAAGACAAACUGUUUAUCAAUAGGAAAAUGGUCAGCAGCAUUACAUAAACAUUCAAAUGGGCAAAUGAAUGCUUUAGUAAAUUUAGAGUAUAAUUUAGUUGAUGAAAAUGAUCAAACAAUGAAAGAAAAUUUUAAGUAUGUAGCAUUUAUAGGUUAUUGUGAUAGUAAAAUUGAUACUUAUCAUAAGUGCCAACUUAAUUAUGAUGGAUUAAGGAGAAAAACAUUAUGUAACCCAAGAAAAAAAAAAUGUACUGGUUUAGCAUCAAUAGAAUUAAAUAAUUUUGAUUUUACUAAAAAAAAACUUGCAAUAUUAGUAUGUAUUGUUAUGUAUGAAGAAUUUACUGAUUCUUGGGAUUAUUCAAAUAUAAAUUUAAAAAGAUAUAAAGGUGAUGUAAUUAAUGAUAAUGAUGAUCAAAAAUUUCAUAUUUCUGAUAAGGAAAGUGGAAAAUUUGUACUUGGAUGGCAAGUAAUUGUAGCAUAUGGAACUGUACUUAUUCUCCUUUUUAUAUUACUAUUUUGGACAAUUAUAAACAAAUAUCGAAAUAUUAAUUAUAAAUCUGAAAUAUCUAUUUAUAAUAAAAAUAAAUUAGCUUUUCCAAGUGUAAUACAAAGAUACUAUUCAUCUUCUACUAUUACAAUAAAUUUUGAAAAACCAAUUGCUAUUGGAAAUACUAGUAUAAUUUGUAAAGGAUAUUUUGGUGUACAAAAUAAAAAUGAUACAACACGAAAAAAUGUAUUAGAAAAUGAGAAAAAAUUUGUUGCAAAAAUUCCAAAAAUAAAUAUUACUGAAAAUGAAUUACAUGAAUUUUUUAAUGAAAUUAUUAUUUAUAAACAUUUAGAUAAUAAUUCAAAAAUUGUUAAUUUUUAUGGUUAUACAAAACUUCAUGAUGAAAAAGUUCUUCUUUUAGAGUAUUGUUCAAAACUUGAUUUAAAAUCAUACCUUCAAUUAUGUAGACAACAUGCAUAUAAACUUCAAAAAUUAGGUUAUGAUAUUGAAGCAUGUGAUCCUUCAACAAUCCCAAAAAUGAAUGAAAAUUUAAUGAUAACUCUUAAAAAUGCUUUAGGUAUAGCUGUACAAGUUAUAUGUGGGAUGGAAUAUUUACAUACAAAAGAAAUUAUUCAUUGUUCACUUCAGGCAAAUAAUAUAUUUUUAACAGAUACAUUUUCUGUAAAAAUUGGAGAUUUUGGUAAAAGUUUAUAUACUGGAGGUGUCUCUAAAACUCAUAAAACAUUUAUGGGUUUAAUAGAUAUUUUAGAUGGUGAAAAUUAUAGAUGGUUACCAUUAGAAGCUAUUAAAAAUAGUAAAUUUUCAUAUAAAACUGAUAUAUGGUCUUUUGGUGUACUAUUACAAGAAAUAUUAACAUUAGGUGGAUUUCCUUAUCAUAAUACAGUCUUUAGUAAAGAAGGUUAUCAAACAUUUUUAGAACAAAAUAAUUGUUUACCAAAAUCAGAGAAUGCACCAAAUUAUAUAUAUAAACUUCAACAAUCAUGUUGGCAAUUAAAUAAAGAUGAUCGUCCCAGAAUAAAUUAUCUUAAAAAAGUAUUUGUAAAUUUAUACAAAUCAAUUUCAGCUUCUGAUUAUAUUCAAAAUUAUAACUUUGUUCCAUCAAAAGAUAUUUCUAUUUACCAAAAUUAUUUAGAAAAGAAUUCUUACAUUCCAAUGAUUGAUCGUGAAAAUUAUAUAGACACUGAUCAUUAUUUAAUUUCUAAUUUUUAUACAAAUGACAAUGAAAUAAAGCACAAUUUUUUAUUUGAAACGGAAAGACUUUUAGGUUAUCAAGCAUUGCCACAUGCUAGCACGUAA